AUGCCGAGGAUCGGGCUCAGGAAGCCGAACACGCCGCGAGCCCUCGAAGAGCGCGAAGAUCAGCGCGGUCGGGAAAUUGCGGCACGGGAUCCACAUGGCCAGCGCAAACAGCGCCACGAUCCAGCUCGCGCAGAUGGUCAUGUUGACCGGGCCGAGGAAGUCGCACAGCUGGCCCAUCGUCGGCCGGCCGUAGAUGAUGCCGACGGACGUCAUGGUGGCCACCACAGACGCCUUGCUGGCGUUGUAGCCGAGCGACCGCGUGAAGUCGGCCAGGUUGUACAUGAGCGUCACGUAGCCGAACAGCGUGAACAUGACCCACGCCAAGAGACACCAGACGCCGAAGUUCGACCACACGACCCUGUCGUACACUUUGUAGAUGGGCUUGAUGUGUCUGUUGCGCGACUGGAUCAGCGUAACGGCGAUGACGUUGAGAAACGCGCAGAUUAUGGCCUGUGUGCGCAUCGACCACUGGUAGCCGUGCCGGGUCAGCAGGGGCUCCAUGCCGAUGUUGUACAGGAUGCCGCCGAGCCCGGAGCCCGCUGCAGAGAAGCCCAGCGCGAGGUUGCGCUUGCCCCCCGGCCCGCUCGAGAACCACUGCGGGAUGACGACGAUGCUGGGGAUCGCGAUCAGCGCGAGCGCCAGGCCCUGCCAGACGCCCUGGGUGAGCACCAGCUGCCAGAACUUGGUGCAGAAGGACGCGAGCAGCAUCGACACGAGCUGGAACGCAAUCCCGAUCGCGAUGGUGGGCUUGAGGCCGAGCGUGCCCACGAGAUAGUUGAUGAGCGGGCCGAACGUGAGCCCGGCGCCGAACGUGAGCCCGCCCACAAUGCCGUACUCGUACUUGGUCGUGCCGGGGAACACGUCGGAGUUGAGGUACUCCUGGUAGUAGAGCGAGUAGGCCGAGUUGGCGCCCCAUGUGUUGAACGAGAAGAGCAUGCAGCCCACCACGGACGCGAGCCCGCGGCCGGUGAACGUGUUGGGGAUGUCGCUGGAGACGGGCGCGGCCUGUACGGGCGUCUCCGACACGUCUAA